AUGUCCGCACAAGCCCGCGCCCGACUGACCGCCCUCUUCCCGGCGCUCAUGAUCGCAGCGGCAGCAUACAGCGCCUCCGACCCCGAUACCCACUCCCGAAAACCGCCCGCACACGUUCUCAAUCGGAAUACCAACCACCACCAGCAGAAACGAAGGGGGAAUCAGAGCAACGGCAACAACCCCUUGCCUCAACCGAAUCCGCAGUGGGGAUCUAGCUCGUCUGGUACGAGCAGUUUCAAGAGGAAUGGGGGGAUGGAGAGCAGGAAGAGUGGGAGUGAUAACUGGACGAUAGGCCUUGAUUCUGGCUACCGGUUCUCGAGUUUCCGGUGUGCUUGUGGACGGUGUUCGAUGGAUCGACCGCCUACUUAUCGACUGUGA